AUGAGCAAGACAAGACUUGCCAUCCUAACCGCGGCUUCCUUGGUGCUUUUGGGUUGCGCGAUCGCCUUGGUUGUCAUGGUGCACAGACAUUCUGAACCGAAAUCCGAAACCCCAAAGGCUGAUGAUGACAUUAAGGCCUCUAUCAAAGCGGUUUGCGAGAAUACGGAUUAUAAACAAACAUGUAUUGACAGCCUUACCAAAGCUCACACCCAAUCUACAGACCCUUAUGACCAUGUAAAGACCUUGUUCGAGAUCUCUAUCGCGCAACUUGACGAUGCAGCGAAGAACUCAUCGCUCAUGAAAGAGGUUCAAAAAGAUCCAAGAACGAAUGAUGCUAUCAAGAGUUGCAAGGAGCUUGCAGGCCUUGCGGUUACAGAUUUACGAAGAUCUUUUGAUAACAUGAAUAUUUUCAAUCUUAAUGAUUUAGGCCAAGCACUCUUCCAACUCAAGAUAUGGAUGAGUGGUGCCAUAUCCUAUGAACAAACAUGCCUAGAUGGGUUUGAAAAGACAGAAGGAGAUUUUGGAGAAAGAAUGAGAAAGUUGUUGAACCAAUCUAUGGAGUUAACCAGCAUCUGCCUUGCUUUGAUCACCGAUUUUUCGCAGGUUUUUCAAGAAUUCGGUGGACCUCCGGCUGCUAAUCGUCGGCUGCUUUCCACGAACAACAAUGACUACAACUAUCCUGAAUGGAUAGAUGAUGCAAAACAAAGAAUAUUAGAGGAAGAACCCAAGAAGAUCAUUCCAAAUGUCACUAUUGCACUAGAUGGGAGUGGAGACUUCAAUUCUAUUAAUGAAGCUUUGAAAGAGAUUCCUGUUGAAGGAGAGAACACGUAUGUGAUCUAUGUUAAAGAGGGCAUAUACAACGAGAUCAUCCGAAUCCCUAAGAACUUGACUCAUAUAAUGGUGAUGGGCGAUGGCCCGGAUAGAACAAAAAUUACAGGAAGCUUAAACUUCAUAGAUGGAGUUACCACCUACCACACUGCAACUUUUGCUGUUGCUGGGGACUUUUUCAUGGCAAGGGACAUUGGAUUUGAAAACACAGCAGGUCCCGAAAAGCACCAAGCAGUGGCAUUGCGCGUUAGCGCGGACUAUACAAUCUUCUAUAACUGUCGUAUGGAUGGUUACCAAGAUACCCUUUACACGCACACAUACCGCCAAUUCUAUCGCGAAUGCACCAUCUCAGGAACCAUUGACUUCAUAUUUGGAGACGGUGCAGUCGUGUUACAAAACUGCAUCAUGGUUGUCCGGAAGCCGAAGGACAACCAGAACUGCAUUGUUACAGCACAAGGCAGGAAGGAAAGCCGACAACCGACAGGACUUGUCCUCCAAAACUGCAGCAUUGUGGCGGAUCCGGUAUACUUUCCACUACGAAUGCAAAUAAAAUCCUACCUUGGACGCCCAUGGAAGCAGUUUUCAAGAACAAUCAUAAUGGAAUCAUUCAUAGAUGAUUUAAUCCAGCCUCAAGGGUGGUUACCAUGGAACGAAACUUUCGCUUUCGAUACCCUUUUCUACUCCGAGUUCAACAACCAUGGCCCUGGAUCUUCCAAAUUGCAGCGUGUCCAAUGGCCGGGCAUUAAAGAGCUAUCCGCAAAACGGAUAAACCGCUUCACGCCCGGAAAGUUCAUCGUCGGGGACACGUGGAUCCCUCCAACUGGUGUACCUUACACCUCAGAUUUUAUGUUUGAACCCCCAGAAGAUAAUUCCAAGGACAGUGACAGUGACGACGACAGUAAAAAGCCAAAGGACAACGACGAAGACGAAGACGAUUCGUCCGGUUCAAAGAAAAAGAAAUCAAAGAAGAAGAAGAAGAAGAAACCAAAGAAAGAUAAGGAUAAGGAUAAAGACAAGGGUGAGGCUCCGGCUACGGCUCCGGCUUUGGCUCCGGCUGAAAGCCCCGGCAAUGGGAUCCCAGAGAGUGAGAUAAGUGCACCGGUUUUAAAUCCGGCGAUAACACCGGAGGCAUCCCCAAUAGACACAAAAGGGACUAUCUUCAACAGAUUUUUUGGAAAAUUUAUUUAAACGUAGGGGCGAGUUAA